AUCAACGUUUCUUUGGACCGAGAUGCGCCAUCGAUCGAACUUAAAAUCUACUCUCUUAGAAUCUUCUCCAUUUCGUUUCCUGUAAAUUUGAAGCACUCUUAAACCAAACCCUUGAUUAAUCCCCCACGUCUACUCUACUCUACUCUUGCCUGUUUCUUCAAGUAAUUUCAUUAUCCUCUGCAAAACCAGUUCAAUUUCGUUGUCUGUUCUCGUCAACCGUCUCUUUCUUCUCUGCCAGACAAAGAAAGAAGCGCAAUUACCAAGCAAGAAACCUUAAAGAGUCACCUUUACUCACUUGACCGCCCAACUAUCUCUUCUACUAAAUCCUCCAUCAACCCAAUUCAACUCUAUUCUCCUUUCUCUUUGGGUUUUAUGCCUUUUUGCUAGUAGAUCUAUAACAGGGAUUCACCAACGGAGAGACGAAACAUGAAUAAUUGGAGGCCGCCGCCGCCGCCGCCGCUCUUUCGAUUUCUCUUUCUCUUGCUUACUAUCGGAACUGUAAAUCUUGCCCAUGGUCAACGAACGGAGAGAAUUUCAGGUAGUGCUGGGGAUGUAUUGGAAGACGAUCCUGUUGGAAGGUUGAAAGUUUUUGUUUACGAGUUACCCAGUAAAUACAACAAGAAGAUUCUGCAGAAAGACCCUAGAUGUCUCACACACAUGUUUGCUGCAGAGAUUUACAUGCAUAGGUUUCUUUUAUCUAGUCCUGUGAGAACCUUUAACCCUGAAGAAGCCGAUUGGUUCUAUACCCCUGUAUACACAACUUGUGACUUAACACCGAAUGGCCUUCCACUACCUUUUAAAUCACCACGAAUGAUGAGGAGCGCUAUACAACUUAUUUCAUCCAAUUGGCCUUAUUGGAAUAGAACUGAAGGGGCUGAUCACUUUUUCAUCGUGCCACAUGAUUUUGCCGCAUGCUUUCAUUACCAGGAAGAAAAAGCCAUUGAGAGAGGAAUACUACCAUUACUACAACGUGCUACAUUGGUUCAGACAUUUGGGCAGAGGAAUCAUGUUUGCUUGAAAGAUGGAUCCAUAACAAUCCCUCCAUAUGCUCCUCCUCAGAAAAUGCAAGCCCAUUUGAUCCCUCCUCACAUCCCUCGUUCUAUCUUUGUCUACUUUCGCGGCUUAUUCUAUGAUGUUGGCAAUGACCCAGAAGGUGGUUAUUAUGCAAGAGGUGCCCGAGCUUCGGUAUGGGAGAAUUUCAAAGACAAUCCCCUUUUUGACAUCUCGACUGAGCACCCAACAACUUACUAUGAAGACAUGCAAAGAGCGGUUUUCUGUCUGUGCCCAUUAGGGUGGGCCCCAUGGAGCCCGAGGCUGGUGGAGGCAGUUAUAUUCGGUUGCAUCCCUGUCAUAAUAGCAGACGACAUUGUUUUGCCAUUUGCGGAUGCAAUUCCAUGGGAAGAAAUAGGGGUGUUUCUUGACGAGAAAGAUGUGCCCAAUCUGGACACGAUUCUUACGUCGAUCCCACCCGAGGUAAUAUUGAGGAAACAGAGGUUACUUGCAAACCCUUCAAUGAAGCAGGCUAUGUUGUUCCCACAACCAGCUCAACCCGGAGAUGCAUUCCAUCAGAUUUUAAAUGGUCUUGCUCGUAAAUUACCCCAUGAUCGAGGGGUUUUCUUGAAACCGGGGCAAAAGGUCUUGAACUGGACUGCCGGCCCGGUUGGUGACCUCAAGCCAUGGUAAAGUAAACCACAGUAUAUUGUUCAGAGCAUCGAACUCUUUGUAUGUGUGUUUUUUUGUCGCUUCACUGUAAUCAAGAAAUCAAUUUUCUGAUAAUUGUAUAUUUUCUUACCUUGGAUAAAAUGAACUAGUCAUUUUGAGGAAAUGAAACAAGUUUUCGAAAGUAAAAAAUCAAAGU